CCACAAUGAUCUAAAAAAUCGCCACCAUAUUGAAACUCAAAUCAACCCCAUCGCCACCACAACUUCCACCCAAAAUGUCUCAAGAAGACAAAGCCACCGUGCCCCUCCCCCAAACCUCCCAAUCCGACAUCGACGAGAUCGAAAACCUAAUCACCGCGAGCGUCCAACUCGGUCCCUCCACGGUCCAACCAGCUCGCGCACCAUCUCCUACCCGUGCCUCCAUCCCCGUGUCCACCUCUCAUUUCGUCCCAUCAAACCCGCCCCCAACGCCUGCGAAACCGACUUAUGUACCACCCGCACCACUCCCGCCUUCUAACGUUAACCAUAAUGCAAAUGCAGGUCGGUCUCAGCCAAACAUGAGUGGGUUUGGGCCACAACUCAACACGCUGACCGAACCGGUUUGGGAGACGGUGAAAAGAGAUCUGUUGAGGAUUUUUAGUAAUCUGAAACUCGUUGUGUUUCCGAAUCCGUUUCGUGAAGAUCCUGGGAAGGCCUUGAGAGAUUGGGAUCUUUGGGGACCGUUUUUCUUUAUCGUGUUUUUAGGACUCACAUUGUCUUGGUCUGCCUCUAUUGAGAAGUCUCAAGUCUUUGCUGUUGCCUUUGCUCUACUCGCAACCGGGGCUAUUAUCCUCACACUCAACGUCUUACUGCUGGGUGGGCGUAUAAUAUUCUUCCAAAGUUUAAGUUUAUUGGGUUACUGUCUAUUUCCGCUUGAUGUGGGAGCACUGAUCUGCCUGUUGAAGGACAAUGUGGUGAUGAAGAUGGUGGUAGUUUGUGUGACAUUCGCAUGGAGCUCCUGGGCAGCAUAUCCAUUCAUAAGUACAGCAGUGAACCCUAGAAGAAAAGCCCUUGCAAUCUACCCCGUCCUACUCAUGUAUGUAUCGGUCGGCUUCUUAAUCAUUGCUAUUAAUUAGUUUAUGCUAAAUCCUAUUGAAAUAUGAUCAUCAUUUGUUAUACAAAAUUGAUUACUGGGUAUAGAGAGGCAAUUGUUUUCUUUAAUUUGUUUUUUUUUUUCCUUUUUUGGUAUAUUGUUG